UCUCAUUGGUAUGUGCAAGAUUUUGUUCUAACAAGCAGAACUACUAGCUAUUUCGGUGCAAUCGGAGUUAAACCUUCUAGUUUCGGUACAAUCGCCACAAUUUCUUGUUUUGAUUUCGUUGUAUCGGAGUAUGUGAAGUAACAGUGCGGUUGAUGGAUAUAACUAUUAUUGAAAGAGUUUCGAAAGAAAACUUUAAUGAAAUUAUUUAUCCCAAGGUAAUCAUGCUAAUCAUUAGUUAUUAUUACUCUUACUCUGAAAUCAUAUACUGGUCUGGUGUAAAAAUAGUCAAAUGGGGUAAUUUGGAGAGAUGUCACCAUGAUGUCAUAUGCCUGUUUAUUAUAGUUGCAGUAAUUAGGGUUCAGGUUAGGUUGAGGGAUACAUUUAGGGUUCAGGCUAGGUUUAGGGAUACAUUUAGGGUCCAGAUAAAUUAUUAGAGAUCGUCCCGCGAUGGCCGCCAUCUUGGUUGACACAAAACAACCAAUUAUUAAUUCUGUCACUAAUGUAUGCCUAAAUCGAUCCCUAUAGCCUAUGCCUAUACCUAACCUGAACCCUAAAUCGAUCCCUAUGCCUAACCUGAACCCUAAAUCGAUCCCUCAACCUAACCUAAACCCUAAUUCACUGCAACUAUAAUAAACACGAAAAUACGUCACGGGAAGAUCUCUAAACUCUAAGAAUUAGCCAGGGUCCAGGUUAGGUUUAGGGAUAAUUUAGUUUAGGUUUAGUGACAGAAUUAACUGGUCUUGUCAACCAAGAUGGCGGCCAUGUGGGGACAUCUCUCCAAAUUUACUUUAAAAUGUUUUCAUGUAUACUAGUAUACUACUCUACUUACUUUAACUUUAAAAGGAUAAGUCGUAAGACUUUCAGUUUAGGUGCGUAUAUUAUAUCUGAUCGAAUUUUGUAUUAUCGCAUGUAAACUUACUUGUAUUCUUUAUAAAUUUUGGUCCAGACAGUAUUAGUUAACACUACACUAAAGUGUAUGGCACUAAAAGUACAGACCUUCAUAUGCUACUUCAUAAACACAUGCCUUAAACGGCUUAGGCUUAAAUCAGGGGUCUCAAACUCAAAUUAGCCGGGGGCCACAGGAGGUAGAGUCUGAGUGAAACUGGGCAACAUUAAGUAAUCCACACAAAAAAGUGAUUACAAAUUCAAGUACAACAUGCUCAAACUUUAUUAAUAACAACUAAAACAUUAAGGGUUCUAAAGAACUAGGCUUCACUUUCUUUCUUCUUUUACUUGUUGUCCGAGACGUGGCAGUGCAUCUUCUUACACAGCUGAGAAACUUUGGCUUGAGUGAGGAAGCAACUGAGACCCUCAGUAUAGCUUGAAGAUGCUCAUCUAUAAGUUUUGUCCUGAACUUUGACCUGUUAUAGUUCAUAAUGGAAAAGAGCUUUUCACACAGAUAGGUACUCCCAAGAAGGCACAUGAUCCGCUUGAGCAACCUGGAUAUCUCAGGGAAGAUGGAGGGCGAUUCUCUCAUAAAUUGUCCAAGCUUGUUUGUUUUUCUAUUCCCCUCCCUGAACUUAGCCUUGAGUUCAGAAUUGCACUAAAGUUCAAUCAGCUCCAUUUGAAGUACAAAAAAAAAAAAAGGUGUGGGAAAAAAUGGGGGGGGGGGGGGGGGGGCAUAUUCCACAUUAAAGGAGCAAGGGUUAGCAAAAAUUUGAAAAGUGGCUCUGUGUGUUUUGAAGUCUGUAAACCUGUGAACAAAUUCUUCCUGAAGCUUUUCAAUGGCAUCAGUAUACUUGCUACUGAAUGGUGUGCCCGAGUUCAUGAGUACUUUGCAGGUUUCUCUCAGAAAGCUGGGCAUUCCAUAACACAAGUUUGUUCAAAAUGCCUUGACAUUGUCAUAGGCAACACUGACAAGUUGCCCCUGGCCUUGUAACUUCUUGUUGUAUAGUACAUUUAGGUCCUGUGUAAUAUCAACAAAGAAAAGCCAAGUCCAUAAGCUAUUUGGGAUCAUUUAGUACAGGAAUAACCACCCCACCCUUCUCCAUGAAGACUUUGAUUUCUGCUCUCAACUCAAAAAAACCUUUUCAAGAUGUUUCCCCUACUAAGCCAACUUUCCUUGGUGAAGUAGCUAACAUCCUCAUAUGCUGACUCUAUUCGCUCUAAAAAGUCACGGAACUGCUGGUGCUUAAAGUCCCUAUAUCUGAUAUGGUUGAUGAUGAUGCAUUUCACCAUGUCAGAAAUCACAUUGUUAAACUUCAGGCAUUUGCUGCAAAGGGCCUGUUGAUUGAUAAUGCAGUGUAGUGCAAUGGCCUUUUCCACACCCUCCUCUUCCAGUUUUCUUUGAAAAUGUGCCACGAGUCCAUUUAUUUUCCAUGUCAUUGAUGGCGCUCCGUCGGUUGUUAUUCCUGCUAAAAAUUUUCCACGGUAAACCGGCAUCCACAAUAGCAUCACACAGCUGGUGGAAAAUCUCCUGAGCAGUGGUCUGCCCAUGCAUUGGAAUCACUUUGAGCAACUCCUCCAUUACUUCCAAAUUACCGUCAACACCACAGACAUAUAUUGUGUGCUGAGCAGCGUCAGUAACAUCUAAGCUCUCAUCAAGAGCGAAUGAGUAUGCAUGGAAAUGUUUAACUUUCUUGCAAAUUUUAGCAACCCGGGCCUCUCUCUCAUCCACCAGGUAUUUUGCAUACUCCUCAGCAUGUGUGGUAAAAUAAUGAUGUCUGAUUUUGUACUCUUUGUGCACCACAAUGUUCUCGCAUAUAAGGCACGUCGGAAUGCCCCUGUGCUCAACAAAGCAAUAGUGCGUCUCCCACUUUUCCUGAAAUUGUCUGCGCUCAUUGCCAACCUUUCUCUUCACAGCACGUUUUGAGAAAGACAUGACUGGGGUCGGGUGACACACAUAUUUAUUUGCACUGUUUGAUAAAAUUAUAUUUUCCCUCCACUCGGUAAUACUCCAAAAUCAUGUUUCACGAGACAAAGCUGACAGGCUCGGAACUUCUGUCACUCGUCACUGUUACACACUAGCGGCAAUUUUAAUAGGGAUUGUUUGAUACUGUGUUAGAUUGCUGCUAUUUACACAGUUAUGGUUGUGUAUUACCCACUGACUUUUUAAACUUUUGAUAUAUGUAUAUACAAUAUUCGAAGCGUGUUUUCUCAAAACCGCACUUUAGCCAUGUUUGUCUCAUAAAAUGCUAUCAAAUAAAACAUUUUAGUCCGAUUUUAAAACGGUUUUUACAAUUAUAAUCAACAUCAAAACGAAUAUGUAUUUUCAUUAACACCAUAAAAAUCAGAAUUAUACUAGUCAAGAUUCGACUGAAAUCGUCACGGAGGGUCACAUUAUAGUUAUGAGAAUGUGGACAAUGCGCGGGCCGCAUUAAUACUAAACGUUGCUGUCAGGUAGCGGGCAGCAAAUGGCGCACGGGCUGCAAAUGGCCCGCGGGCCUCGAGUUUGAGACCCCUGCCUUUGGUAGAAAGAUCCUGAACAUCAAAUGGCCAAAUCCUAUCACUAACAAAGAUCUACUAGAAAAGACUUACCAGGUGCCCAUUGAUGAAGACAUCAUAAAGAGAAGAUGGAGGUGGAUAGGGCAUACUCUCCGAAAACCCCCAGAUAGCAUCACCAGACAGUGUCUAACAUGGAAUCCACAGGGAAAAAGAAAGAGAGGAAGGCCAAAGAAUACAUGGAGACGUGAGCUAGAGGCAGACACACAAAAUAUGGGAUACUCCUGCAAGCAACUUGAAAGGAAAGCUCAGGACUGUGAUGAAUGGAAAAUCCUUGUGGACGGUGUAUGCCCCAGGUGGGGUAAAAAGGCAUAAGAAGAAGAGAAUUGACCUUAUGCACUAGAUAAAAAAAAAUCUGAAGUUUUGUUGAAAUUUGUUUGAAAAAUCAUGUAUUUUCUGGGUAUCUAUGGAUACUUUUCUUAAUUAGUGAUGUCUUUUUUGCUGUCUUAUAGAGAGAGCCUGUCAUAUUACGAGGAGUUGAUGUUGGACACUGUGUCCAAAAAUGGAAUCUGGACUAUUUGGCAUGUCAUGCCAGCCAGCAGGAAGUCAAAGUCCAUGUAUCAUCAUCUUGUCAAAUGGAUUUCUUGAAUAAAAACUUUUUAUAUAGGUAUAAUGGAGUAAUUUUUGUCAAUUAACAUUCAUUUUGACUACAUAUUUAAACCAGUUUUUAAGUCUUUAUUAUUUAACUCUAUUUAAUGUAGAGUUUAUAUAAUAAUUUAUUGAGGUGUAAUCACUUUUUAUACAAAUACUAAAAGUGAGAACAAAAGAAAUUCUACUUAACAAAGCUAACAUAAACAUUACAUAAUAAAUUGCGACAGAAAAGUGAGUGGUGAUCCAUGGAGUUCUCCAUACCACAUACAGUCAUGACAAUGCUUGCACCUGCUUUAAAUUUAAUGUCUCAUCCAAAUUUAUUCAAUGUGUUGUAGAAGUGUGAUAAUUUUAGUAACAUGCUGAGACACCAACAAUUGUUAAGGUUGAGAAAUAUUGCCUUACACUGUUAUUCCCUAAAAAAAGAAUGAUAAAACUAUCAAUAAUAAAUGAUAGUUUAGUUAUUGUGUUUAAAAUAUGAAUACUGUGUAAAUUCAUUUAUGAAAAUGUAUUUCUGUGUAGAUCCCUGCCUUUCCAGGAGUUUCUUCAAAGAGCUUUUGAAGAUGUCCAUCAAAGUUACUUCAUUGAUCAGGUAUUGUUUCUACUCAAUGACUAAUUUUUCGGAUACAUUUUUCCAUGUGUAAGUAUACUCUGCUCAUUUUUUAAAACAUAGGCUUUUUGUCCUAAAAAUACAUCAGGUAUAAUAAGAAGCACGCUUAAUCACUGAUUAAUUUGUCAAUACACAGUGAUCACUUGAGCUCAUUCUACAUUUCAGAUAAAUGUGCACAUGAUCAUGAAUAGAAAGAGCAAAUGUUUAGUACAAGUGGAUGCAUGUAACCACUCUUUUAUUUUAAAGAGUAUUUUAUUGAAUGGUCAGAAUGAAAGCUUUUUAUCCAUCAUGGUUAUUAGAGAUUUGUGAAGAAAAAACACACUCUGUUUAGAUUGUGUUAGGAAAUGUUUGAAAUUUUUGUGUGAAAUGAAUUAAAAGCAGCAAGAUUUUAAGAGACUGUAAAAAAAACGGCUCAACCAGAUUUCUGUUCUGUAUCAAAAUACUGUCAUUAUUGUAACAGUGAACAAAAAAAUUACUCAUUUUUAAAUUUUGUAGAGCUGAUUUGGCUAUUUGGAAGUGCUUAUAUAAAAAUUAUUUGCAUGAUUAUACUUAAAAUUACUAAAGGUUCAGAAGGAAUAAUCAAAGCUGCUUUUUUUUUCUGAGAUCUUUAAUCUGAGUAGUUGAAAAUAAUUUCUUUCAUCAAUUUUAAAAUCACUUCAAAGAGUUUAUCUCUUUCAGAAUGAAAAGUACUAUCUUCGUGCCCUUGGUGAUGACCCACGAAAAGAUGUGGCAGACAUUUCAGUCCAGUUUCCCCAUUUGGCUAAAGAUGUCAACAUUCCAGAAUUGUUUGAGCGAGACAGAUUUUUCUCCAGUGUAUUUAGAAUAGCAUCAAGAGGAGUGCAGCUGUGGACUCACUAUGAUGUAGGUAGUGGACUCACUAUGAUGUAGGUAGUGGACUCAAUGUGUUGUAGGUAGUGGACUCACUGUGAUGUAGGUAGUGGACUCACUGUAUUGUAGGUAGUGGACUCACUGUGUUGUAGGUAGUGGACUCACUGUGUUGUAGGUAGUGGACUCACUGUGAUGUAGGUAGUAGACUCACUGUGUUGUAGGUAGUGGACUCACUGUGUUGUAGGUAGUGGACUCACUGUGAUGUAGGUAGCAGACUCACUGUGUUGUAGGUAGUGGACUCACUGUGAUGUAGGUAGUGGACUCACAGUCCUGACAGUGACUAAGAAUUUUAUGACUAUUGCCUACUUUCUGCCACAAUAAAAUCCUGUCAGUGACUCUAGGUAUCACUUUCUAAGAUAAGAGUGUGAUUCAGUCUUUGUCAGGGAAUGAUGGGAUAUUGUCAGGUCAGAGUGUGAUUCAGUGUAUUGACAGGGAAUGAUGGGAUAUUGUCAGAUCAGAGUAUGAUUCAGUGUCUUGACAAGUAAUGAUGGGAUAUUGUCAGGUCAGAGUGUGAUUCAGUGUAUUGACAGGGAAUGGUGGGAUAUUGUCAGGUCAGAGUGUGAUUCUGUGUAUUGACAGGGAAUGAUGUGAUAUUGUCAGGUCAGAGUGUGAUUCAGUGCAUUGACAGGGAAUUGUUGGGAUAAUAACAGAGCAUGUGCCACGGUAUCAUAUUCAGAGCAUCCACAGGCUAGAAAGAUCUGAUGUAGUAUUAGAAAUAUUUGAAUGAGAUGUCUCGUCUGAAGUGAUACAAUAUAAUCUGCAAUUAUUUUUAUAACAAUGUUAAUAAAACAAAAUUAAACUAUUUUUGUUUUUUGUGGAGCACUUCAUUGAUUGAAGCAACUUUAUAAAUAAUUAAAACUAUUUACAGGUGAUGGACAAUCUAUUGCUUCAGAUUAUUGGCAGGAAACGAGUUGUUUUGUUUCACCCUAAAGAUGUAGAGCAUUUAUACAUGAAUGGUAAGACAUAUUUUAAACUCUGCUGAGAACAGCAUUUUUCUAUUGUUUAUCCUGUCUAAUAUUUGGGUACUGUACAGAUAGUUUGCUGUCAUGCUUAGUCGAUCAAUUGUUUGUUUUUUUGUUCAAGGGGACAAAUCUGAAGUGUUGGAUGUGGAGAAUCCAGAUCUGAACAAAUAUCCAAAGUUUUCAGCAGCCAGACCUUACAGUGGUUACCUGGAGCCAGGAGACAUUUUGUUUAUUCCAGGUAAACAGCUACAUUUUUUGACAUUUACAUUAUAAUUAAUUCAGUCAUUUAUAAUGUUUUCAUAUUAGUUGUUCUGCAUAAAAGCAUUAAUUUUAUAGUGAAAUGCAAGUUUUGGCAUUGUUUACAUUUAGACAAGAUGCUUCAUCCGCAAACAUAAAGCUUCAUAAGCAGACAUAAUCUAAAGAAAAUAAUAAAUGUGUUUUGAAAAUAAAAGGAAAGCGCCUUGAAUAGGUCUCAGGAAUGACAGCCUCUGUCAAUGUACAUAAUCCUCUGAUGCACAUUCACACUUUCAACUCAUGGGCUCAACCAACUUCAACAGGAGAAAUAUAAUUUUUCAGCUAAUAACUAAAUAUUGGUCCAAUCAUGGAGAUUCAAGUUUUACUGCAAGAAUGCUUGAAUGACUUUGUCUAUUCUUUUGGAGUUUAUUUGAGUUUCACAACAUUAACUAUAUGAAAACAUUUCUUUCUCUACUCACAGCUCUAUGGUUUCACAACAUGAACAAUAUGAAAACAUUUCUUUCUCUACUCACAGCUCUAUGGUUUCACAACAUGAGCUAUAUGAAAACAUUUCUUUCUCUACUCACAGCUCUAUGGUGUCACAACAUGGCCUAUAUGAAAACACUUCUUUCUCUACUCACAGCUCUAUGGUUUCACAACAUGGCCUAUAUGAAAACACUUCUUUCUCUACUCACAGCUCUAUGGUGUCACAACAUGGCCUAUAUGAAAACAUUUCUUUCUCUACUCACAGCUCUAUGGUUUCACAACAUGGCCUAUAUGAAAACACUUCUUUCUCUACUCACAGCUCUAUGGUUUCACAACAUGAGCUAUAUGAAAACAUUUCUUUCUCUACUCACAGCUCUAUGGUUUCACAACAUGAGCUAUAUGAAAACAUUUCUUUCUCUACUCACAGCUCUAUGGUUUCACAACAUUGGCCUAUAUGAAAACAUUUCUUUCUCUACUCACAGCUCUAUGGGUUCACAACAUAGCCUAUAUGAAAACAUUUCUUUCUCUACUGACAGCUCUAUGGUUUCACAACAUGACAUAUGAAGAUCCUGGAGUGGCAGUGAACAUUUUCUGGCGUCAUCUGGAGGAGAAACUGUAUGACAGCAAAGACCCAUACGGCAACCAUGAUCCACUUCCUGCACAGCGAGCCAAUCAGAUUGUUGAUAGAGCAAUCAAAGCCCUAGAAGAAUUGCCCCAAGAAUACAGAGAGUUUUAUGCCCGGAGGCUUUGUCAUAGGAUUAGAUCCAAAGUGUGCGUCAAAGAAAAGGAAUUAAAAGACAAAGAAUUAGGCACCAAUUAUAUAGACAUUUUUUUAUAAAUCUUAUUGUGUU